CCCUCGAUGCGACCAUUGCGAAUACAAAAAGUAUGGUUUUUCCAUAACUGGGUGUGAAAGCUGCGAUUGUGAUCAAAUUGGAUCUAGAGAUCUCCAGUGCGACUCUAUGGGACAAUGUCCGUGCUUAGAGAACGUAGAAGGUCAGAAAUGCGACAGGUGCAAAGAGAACAAAUUCGAUAGACGACGGGGGUGCAUUGAUUGCCCAGAAUGUUACAAUUUAGUCCAAAAAGAAGCUCGAAGUCACACUGAAAAUCUCGCAAGGCUUGGUAGAAUUCUGGACGAGAUUGAGAGCAGACCAACUGUUAUAGCAGACGAAGAAUUCCCAAAUGAGCUAAGAAAAGUUAUGCAAGAAGUCAGACAGCUUUAUUUGGAAGUAAGAACUGCUACUGGUAGUGAUAGCCUCACAGAGAAAGUUAGAAAUAUUGAGACCAGAAUCAGAGACAUAUCACUAGUUUUUUCAUCGGUAGAUGAAAAUAUUUUCCACGCCGAUACUAAGAAUUCUGUAGCCGACAGCAAUCUUGAACAUGCCGAUGAUAUUCUGAACGAAACUGAGGAGAAAAUUAAUGAAAUAGAUGAGGAUUUUCAUAACAGAGCUGAGAAAACCUUGAUUGCUGCAAAAAAUCAAGCUGAAAUCGCUGGGCAGCAUUCAAAGAUGAUGACUCAGAUAGCUCAGGAAGCAAGAGAAUUAGCCGAUAAUAUUGAUUCUAAUGCUAAUCGGAUCAUAGUUCUGGCAAAAGAAGCAAGAAAUGAAUCUGUCAUCGCUUAUAAUGAAGCAAAAAAUGCAGUGGCGCAACAAACGAAACUGGAUACGGCUAUCAAUCAAUUGAGAAACCGUCUUCAAAAUACGGAACAAAAAUUGAACAAAUCAAAAGAGUGGACCAAAGAGGUCUCCGAUAAAACUUUGGUGGUAAAAAACAAUGCCCUGAUUUUACUAAGUGAAGUUGAAAAUCUCAAUAUACCCGAAAUAGACAUUUCUGGGCUUCAGAAAAAGGUAAAAAUGCUAGAAGAGGAUGCUUAUAAGAUAGCUAAUAUAACAUCUGAUUUAUUCAGAGAUAGCGAAAGUUUAAGAAAAAACAUUAACGAACAAAGUGUUUCCGGAAAACGUCUUCUUAAGGACGCAAGAGUUCAACAUGAACAGUUGAUGGAAAUGCGUAAUGAUUUACUUUUCUGGGAUACGCAAGCGGAUGGAGUUAUUAAUUUGUGGAAUGAAAUACUAGAUGGAGCUGAAUCCAACUAUAAAUUGUUGUCAGAAUUUGACACACAAACUCAAAAAAAUAAAGACGAAGCUGAGGCCGCCUUAGAAAAGAUAGGAGUUAUUGAGUCAACGAUAAACGACAUUUUGCAGAAAUCUAAAUAUGCGCAGGUUGACAUGGAGAAAGCCAAGAUGAACGCCGAGCUGGCAUUACAGAAAGCAGAAAAGGCUGAUGAAAUGGCAAAAAAUGCGUCUUUAAAAGCUGACCAAAUCAAAUCAGAAGCCGAGCUCUUGUUCAAAAACACGACCGCUCUUGGGCAGGAAGCUGGUUUGAUGUUUGAUAGAGUUCAGAAUACAGAAGGAGAACUGAAGAAUCUUUUGGAUAAAUUCAAGAGCAAUACCAGUUUGGUUAAUGAUGCUAAAGAAAAAGUAGGCCGAGCUGGAAAGGAUACCGACGACGUCUCCAAAAAAGUAUCAGCAUUGCUCUUUGAUAUCGAGGAAAUCAUGACUGAAUUGGAAAACUCGCCAACUAUAGAAGAAAGUCACGUGGAUCGCUUGGAAGAAGAAAUUAUGAUGGCCGAAGAGAAACUUAAAGAAGCCAAACUGGAAGAGAAACUUCAGACUCUACAGAAUGAACACAAAUUUCAAACUGAUCUCAUUGGUCGAUAUAAAAUCAAAAUAGCCAUGUUGCAGGAAGAGGUAGAAAAUAUAGAGGAAAUUAUUGAGGCCCUACCUGCUGGUUGUUACCGGAAAAUAGUGUUGGAACCAUGACAUGGAUUUGCGCUUAUCACUCAGCCAAAGACUUCAGUUUGUUAUUUAGGUGUUUUAUAUUAAAACUAAUUUAUUUCAA